ACAAAAUACACCAGCAGUGCUCUUACUGACUUGGAGACAAUAAAUUAUUGCGAUAAUUUUAGUGCACUUUUCAAAAAUGCAGAAGCAUUCAAAAUAAAAAAUUAUUCAUACGUGGCGCUUUGAAGUAUCCUAAACCUCUACUGCAUCAAAGUUCCUAAAAAGUAAACUUUUAAAAAGUGGACAGAAAAUGAUUUACGUCUAUAUUUUACUUUGUGCACUCAUUGCACAAUUCACCUACACGAAUCAGAAUAAAAAAUUCGAUGAAAUAUGCGAGGAACAUGGAUUGGAAUUUUUUGGUGAGUAUAACGAUGGAUGCAUUAUUAUUUGUGAUACAAACAAAUUUUUUGAUAAGAAAGAUCAUAGUGAAAAUGUGAUUCUUGAACAAGGAUCGCCUUGCUCUAUUGGAUACUGUGAUGAUAUGGGUAACUGUAUGUAUGCGCCUAUAAGAACUACCGAGGAAACUACUAACAGCCCUGUGAAUUUAACUAGUGUGUCGUAUACAACAACUGAUAAAUCCACCAAUUAUGAAAAUUGUGAAGGUGAAUUAUGUAAAAAAAAUGUGGCAAAUACUUCCAAUACAAUGGACAUUAUUUUUUCAUUUACUGGAAAAUUGGGAACUUUUAUAAAAAAUGGUAUAAUAAUGUUGCUUAAAAAAGUUCUUUCAAUUCUUGAAUAAUAAUUAAGAAAAAAAAUUGUCUCUUUCUGAUUCAAUAAAUGCUGUUUCAAUGAA